GUGGUGCGAUUUCUCCCGAUUCCAUUGGCAGUUGCCAAAAACAAAGCGAAAACCCGGAAAUGAAAGUCUACGAAUAACGCACUUCCAGAACACACUCUCUCAGAUAGAGGCAGUUUCAGAUCUGAACGAGGAGUUUCGGAUCCGGAGGCAAAGGGAAACGAGCCGAGAAAAUGGAGAAGUUCAUCGACAACUUACCCGCCAUGGAUCUGAUGCGCUCCGAGAAGAUGACCUUCGUCCAGCUCAUCAUCCCCGUCGAGUCCGCCCACCGCGCCAUUUCUUACCUCGGUGAACUCGGCCUCCUCCAAUUCCGAGACUUAAAUGCUGAUAAAAGUCCUUUCCAACGAACAUUUGUUAAUCAGGUAAAGCGAUGUGCGGAGAUGUCAAGAAAGCUGCGGUUUUUCAGAGAUCAAAUUAGUAAAGCUGGUCUACUUUCAUCUGUACAUCCUGUUUUACAACCAGAUAUUGACUUAGAGGAAUUAGAGAUACAAUUAGCUGAGCAUGAGCAUGAGCUUAUUGAGUUGAACUCUAAUAGUGAUAGAAUUCAACAUUCAUACAAUGAACUCCUUGAGUACAAGAUGGUAUUGCAAAAGGCAAUUGGCUUUCUUGUUUCAAGUAAUAGCCAUGCGGUUUCGGAGGAGAGGGAACUAGAUGAGAAUAUUUACCCAAAUGAUCAUUAUGGUGAUGAAGUUUCAUUACUUGAGCAGGAUAUUAGACCUGGACCAUCAGACCAGUCUGGUUUGAGAUUUGUUAGUGGAAUUAUUUGUAAAUCCAAAGCUCUUAGGUUUGAGAGGAUGUUGUUUCGUGCGACAAGGGGCAACAUGCUUUUCAACCAUGCCCCAGCAGAUGAACUGAUGAUGGAUCCUUUAUCUACUGAAAUGGUUGAGAAAACAGUGUUUGUAGUGUUCUUCUCUGGGAUGCAGGCAAAAACAAAGAUUUUGAAAAUUUGUGAGGCCUUUGGUGCAAAUUGCUAUCCUGUUCCUGAAGAUAUAACUAAGCAGAGGCAAAUAACUAGAGAAGUUUCAUCACGUCUUGCUGAAUUGGAAACGACCUUGGAUGCAGGGAUUCGUCACAGAAAUAAGGCCCUUGCAUCUAUAGGGUUUCACCUAGCAAAAUGGAUGAACAUGGUAAGAAGGGAGAAAGCUGUAUAUGAUAUAUUGAACAUGCUAAACUUUGAUGUUACAAAAAAAUGUCUUGUUGGAGAGGGCUGGUGUCCUAUAUUUGCAAAACCUAAGAUUCAGGAGGCACUGCAACGUGCUACAUUUGAUAGCAAUUCGCAAGUGGGAGUAAUAUUUCAUGUGAUGGAUGCAAUAGAUUCACCUCCUACAUAUUUCAGAACCAACCGCUUCACAAGUGCAUUUCAGGAAAUUGUUGAUGCAUACGGUGUUGCAAGAUAUCAAGAAGCCAACCCUGCAGUUUACACUGUUAUUACAUUUCCAUUUCUUUUUGCUGUGAUGUUUGGUGACUGGGGUCAUGGAAUAUGCUUAUUGCUUGGAGCAUUAGUUCUUAUAGCUCGUGAAAGUAAACUCAGAGCGCAGAAACUUGGGAGCUUUAUGGAGAUGUUAUUUGGUGGGCGAUAUGUACUACUCUUGAUGUCCCUAUUUUCAAUCUACUGUGGGUUGAUUUACAAUGAGUUCUUUUCUGUUCCUUUUCACAUAUUUGGCGGGUCUGCUUACAAAUGUAGAGAUACUGCUUGCAGUGAGGUGCACACUAUUGGCUUAAUCAAGUACCGAGAUCCAUACCCAUUUGGUGUGGAUCCCAGUUGGCGUGGAAGUCGUUCUGAACUGCCUUUUCUGAAUUCUCUCAAAAUGAAAAUGUCAAUUUUGUUGGGUGUUGUGCAAAUGAACUUGGGAAUACUACUAAGUUACUUCAAUGCAAGGUUUUUCAGCAGCUCGCUUGAUAUAAGGUACCAGUUUGUCCCACAGAUGAUCUUUCUUAACAGUCUUUUUGGAUAUCUUUCACUUCUUGUUGUCAUCAAGUGGUGCACGGGAUCUCAGGCAGACCUCUAUCAUGUAAUGAUUUACAUGUUUUUAAGUCCAACUGAUGAUCUUGGUGAAAAUCAAUUAUUCUGGGGCCAAAGACCACUUCAGAUCAUUUUGUUGCUUUUGGCUUUAAUUGCAGUUCCAUGGAUGCUCUUUCCAAAACCUUUUAUUUUGAAGAAGCUUCAUACGGAGAGGUUUCAAGGUCGUGCGUAUGGGAUGCUUGGCACCUCAGAGAUGGACCUUGAGGUGGAACCUGAUUCUGCUAGGCAACGUCACGAAGAAUUUAAUUUCAGUGAGGUAUUUGUACACCAGAUGAUACACUCCAUAGAGUUUGUUCUGGGUGCUGUUUCAAAUACGGCUUCAUAUCUACGACUAUGGGCUUUGAGCUUGGCGCACUCAGAAUUGUCAACCGUUUUCUAUGAGAAAGUUCUCCUUCUUGCUUGGGGUUAUGACAGCUUCAUUAUCCGGUUAAUUGGGUUAUCAGUUUUCGCCUUUGCAACUGCAUUCAUACUACUCAUGAUGGAGACACUAAGUGCUUUUCUCCAUGCCCUGCGUCUUCAUUGGGUAGAAUAUCAAAACAAAUUCUACCACGGAGAUGGCUACAAGUUUAAACCUUUUUCCUUUGCCUCCAUAACCGAAGAUGAAGAUUAGUCCACUUGUAUGUCAGUUUUCGUGUUCUUCGGAAGGAAAGGUAUUUAGCGCAAAGAAAGGCAGAGCUCUAUCUCCAGCCUGAAAUGGAAUUUGAGAGAGCCAUAUUUCCUCUCAGGCGGCAUAGAGGAGGAAGAUGCGCGAUUUUGACCUAGAAAUGUAAAGUCGUGGCUCAUAUUCUUCGGUGUAAUAUUGGUACAAAAGGUUCCAGAUAAGAGUCGCGGUUAGUUCCCUUCAUAGAUGUAGUUACUUUGUCUUGUAUUUCGUUUAUAUCUAAUCGAGGAGGGAAAUUAGAUUCACCGAUUGUAAAGAGGAGCUGGGGAAUCGUCUUACAGUGUAGCUUUUACGGGACUUUAGUUUCUUUAGCUUACACACACAUGCACAGUAAGUGCGGAUUUUGCUGGGAAUUGGUCCUGGACCCGUUACACUUUCAUGAAAAAUCACAGAUUCAAGGGAA